GUCCCCGCCCGCGGCCCCGUCCUCAACGCAGUGUUCCAGUCCCGGGACACAGCCGUCUCUGCAGCCGGGGUACAGCAACGUCCCCGUGAGAGGAAAGCAAGACAGCCUCCGCCGGCUCCCGCGCUGCCGAGCCCCACUUCCCCACUUCCCGGGAGCCCCAGGUCGAUCCCCGCGUCCCCUUCGCCGGAAACGGAAAUGCGUGUCGGUGGGAUCAUGGCGACGUUUGCCGACCUGCCGGACUCGGUCCUGCUGGAGAUCUUCUCUUACCUCCCGGUCCGGGACCGGAUCCGCGUCUCCAGGGUCUGUCACCGCUGGAAGAGGCUGGUGGACGACCGGUGGCUGUGGCGACACGUCGACCUGACCCUGUACACGAUGCGGCCUAAAGUCAUGUGGCACCUCCUUCGCCGGUACAUGGCGUCCCGGCUCCAUUCCCUGCGGAUGGGCGGCUACCUGUUCUCCGGCUCCCAGGCCCCGCAGCUGUCCCCCGCUCUGAUGAGGGCCCUGGGCCAGAAGUGCCCCAACCUCAGGCGCCUCUGCCUGCAUGUGGCCAACCUGAGCAUGGUGCCCAUCACCAGCCUGCCCUGCACCCUGAGGACCCUGGAGCUGCACAGCUGUGAGAUCUCCAUGGCCUGGCUCCUCAAGGAGCAGGACCCCACGGUGCUGCCCCUGCUUGAGUGCAUCGUGCUGGACCGCGUACCCGCCUUCCGCGACGAGCACCUGCAGGGCCUCACGCGCUUCCGUGCCCUGCGCUCACUCGUGCUGGGCGGCACCUACCGGGUGACCGAGACGGGGCUGGAUGCCGGCCUGCAGGAGCUGAGCUACCUGCAGAGGCUGGAGGUGCUGGGUUGCACGCUCUCGGCGGACAGCACCCUCCUGGCCAUCAGCCGCCACCUCCGCGACGUGCGCAAGAUCCGGCUGACAGUCAGGGGCCUCUCUGCCCCCGGCCUGUCCGUCCUGGAGGGCAUGCCGGCCCUGGAGAGUUUGUGCCUGCUGGGCCCUCUCGUCACCCCGGAAAUGCCCUCCCCUGCCGAAAUCCUCUCCUCCUGCCUCGCCAUGCCCAAGCUCAGGGUGCUCGAGCUGCAGGGCCUCGGCUGGGAGGGUCAGGAGGCCGAGAGGAUCCUGUGUAAGGGGCUGCCCCACUGUAUGGUCAUUGUCAGGGCAUGCCCCAAAGAGUCCAUGGACUGGUGGAUGUGACCUCACCUCCCGUCCCUGGGACCAUCAGCUUUCAUGAAUGAGCCCCAGCCCCUCUGCGCAGGCCUUGUCGAGGGCGCGUAACCAAGCUGGGGAGGCCUGAAGGCCACUGGGAGGGAGAACCGAGGCCUUGGGGCCUCCAGACCAGUGGUAUUAUUGUUUGCAGGCUGUGUGACCUCUGUGACAUCAGCCAGCCCCUUGGAAGCCCGGGCCCCGCAUCUAGAAGUGGGGAAGACCAUAGCUACCUCAUGGUUAUGCUGCAAAGCCUUACUCUCUUCCAGCCCCGGGCCCCAAAAAUCCUCAAUGAAGGGUCAUUCUCAGGGUCAUUCACAGGGGCAGGAUGGAUGCAGAAAGGUGGAGUAAGGAGUUCGAGGGACCUGAGGUGCCAGGCCCCUCGGGAAUCCUGGAAGGAGUGUCUAUGCCUAUGCACCCACACAGCCACACACCCCUGACAUACCUAUGUGCACCUGGGAGACACGAAGAGAAAGGACAGAUGUGACUCACGCUUUGAUGAUCAAAACUUUAAUAAAGGUUCUAAAUUAUAUGUUCUGUAUUUUGUAUUCUGUAUUUUCCAAGUUUUCUACCAUAUAUA